AUGGCGGAAAAUCAUCCUACAGUACGAUUGAUCAGCCUUGGAACGAUGCUGCGGACUAUCGACCGCGAGCUUUCGGAUAGCAACUGCCAGGAAGCGAUCCCACUCCCCAUCGCCCAAGCCCUCCAUGACAUGUCAGUCGUCGCUGCUUCCAAUGAUGCGGCAUCAGACUGGCAGGAACACGAAAUACCAUGGCUACGCCUUGUCCAAGGGUUGCUGGAAAAUGUCCAGUGCCGGGGGACUGAAAUCAAUCGACAGGCUCGCAAGGACAUUGUUUCCUUGCGAGACCGCCACCGCCAGUUCUGGAAUAGCAUCGACGAUUGCAUGCUUUUAUGGAGCAACCAUAACCCCAUUGUUCCCAUGGUUCUCAAUCAGGCACCUGUCCCGAGAGCAUCUGUAGAAUCAUCAACCUUGUGGGAAGCCAGUUGGGACUCGCCAGAUGCAAGCCCAAUGCCAACCGCUACACAAAAGAGGAAAUCGCGGAAAUGGCCAGGCAGCUCUAAUGGAAAUGCUGAAGCAGCCCUGGGUUGA